AUGUCGGGACCAGUCCAAUGUCCACACCAUCCAGAUGUUCAUCUAAUAGAAGAUCACCGUGCUGGAGAUUUAGUGUGUCCGGCUUGUGGAUUAGUAGUUGGAGACCGGCUGGUCGAUGUAGGUACAGAAUGGCGGUCCUUCUCAAAUGAGAAAAGUGGAAAUGAUCCAUCUCGCGUUGGAGCCCCAGAAAGUCCUUACUUGAGCGGUGGAGACUUAUCGACAUCGAUCGCAGUUGGAUUCGGGGGAUCUGAUAGUGAUAACACUUUGGCAAAUGCUCAAAGGAAGACAAUGAAUAACACGGAUCGACAGAUGACCACAGCGAUGAAUUUGAUUAGAGAAAUGAGUGAAAGAGUUCAUUUGCCAAGAAAUAUUCAGAGUUUAUUUUAA